UCCUGCUUCCUUCCGAAUCCCAGUGCUAUGGCUACGGAUUAUGAAGCCUCCAAGUUGGAGGGACCCGGCGCUUCUACAAACCCAGACUCUGAUAUCGAAUAUACCGCCGUCGAUGGGGUCAAUGAGAGCAGACUCUUGAGGAAGCUCGAUCUGCGGCUUCUACCCGCUGUGUCUAUCUUAUAUCUGCUCUCCUUUCUUGAUCGCAGCAAUGUGGCCAAUGCGAGAAUUGAGGGACUCACAACCGACUUGCACAUGACCGGCAAUCAGUACCUCACUGGUUUGACGCUUUAUUUCAUCGGUUACGUUCUCUUUGAAAUUCCCUGCAACAUUAUCCUCAAGCGAACAACGCCCAAGUUCUGGCUUCCCACGUUAACAAUAGCAUGGGGAGUGGUAGCUACCCUCAUGGGUGUUACGAAAAACCUCGCUGGUUUCUUUGUGGUUCGUUUCUUCUUGGGUGUAACUGAGUCCGGCCUGUUCCCUGGUGUCGUCUACUAUCUCUCCAUGUGGUACAAGCGCAACGAACGCCAAUACCGUAUCUCGCUCUUUUUCAGUUGCGCCUCUCUUGCUGGAGCCUUUGGUGGUAUUCUUGCUUGGGGUAUCGCACAUAUGCGGCACGUUGGAGGCUACGCGGGUUGGCGAUGGAUCUUCAUACUGGAGGGACUAUUGACCAUCGUUAUUGCCGUCAUCGCUUACUGGUUCAUCUCCAACUACCCGGAAAGCGUCAGCUGGCUGUCCGACAAGGAGCGUUCUUUCAUCCAGGCCAGGCUUAGAGCCGACAGUGACUCAACCAACGACGAGAAGUUCACUUGGGCCGACGUUUGGGUCACUUUCAAGGACAUCAAAUGCUGGCUAUAUGGCUUGGGCUUCCACACUAUGAGCUUGCCCCUCUAUACUCUAUCUCUUUUUCUGCCGACCAUAAUCAAGGAUAUGGGUUAUACCUCUGCUCAAUCUCAAUUGCUCACCAUCCCACCUUAUGCCGUGGCGACCAUCUUCACCGUCUUCUGGGCUAUCUUGUCCGAGAAAUACCAGCGCCGCGCUCUCUUCAUCAUCAUAACCUCCAGUGUCGCCAUCAUCGGCUACAUCAUCCUCCUCACCAACGAGCAUCCCAGCAAGAAGCCCGGAGUCUCAUACGUAGGCACCUUCUUCGCUGCCAUUGGCAUCUACCCCAGCGUUGCCCUCGUCCUCUCCUGGCCCGCCAUCAACGUCUCCGGUCAGACCAAGCGCGCCACCGCCAACGCCAUGCAAAUCAGCAUCGGUAACCUGGGGGCUGUGUUAGGCACGCAGUUGUAUCGUCCUAAGACGGCACCGCGGUAUGUUCUUGGGCACUGCUUUGCACUGGGAUAUCUUGUCAUGAAUAUUGUUGUUGUCAGCACGCUGUGGUAUAUUCUGGCCAAGCAGAACAAGCAGAAGGAGGAGUAUCUGGCUGCGCAUCCGGAGACGAGGGGUUUCCAUGAUACCGAUGAGGAUUUGAAGCAGGGAGAUAGGCAUCCCAGGUGGCAUUUCAAUGCGUAGGGGAGAAGAUGGUAUCACUAGGCAGCU